UAAGCAGAGAAGGGAAGAUGAAUGUAUGUCACGGAAACCGGUUUUAAAGUUUAUAUUUGUUUAUUUUUUUCUGGUUUUGACAUGGAUCGAUAAAGUGAAAAUUAAUGAAUAUACGUUACCAGAAAAGAAUGAUAAGUAUUUAUAAAUAUUAAAAUCUAAUUCUAUGAUUGGCAUAAACAUGUUGGCAAAAUUCAGAUUUUAUAUCUUAUUAGUUGGGAGCUCAGCUAUAAUAUUUUUAGUUCUUUAUAAAACUUUAAAUGGUGAACAAGAUUCAGAAUCAACAAAUAAAGUGAAUAAAGUUCAAACAUCUAAAAAGCUUCGCCCCAUGGAAAAUAUAAAUGAUUUAAUGCCAGUAACACAACCACAUUAUCAUAUGGAACAUCAGAAACUGCGAGAAGCUGAAGUUCAUGCUCGAAUUAAUCAAAAUAUUCGUCGAAGCACACAGUUAAAGCGUGAUAAUUUAAAUUUUGCAAAUAAAAUUGAAUCAUUUAAAUCUGUCACCAAUGGAGAAAGAAAUCAACCUGAUACAAGUUUUCUGCUUCAUAAAAUUGUUCAUCUAGAUUUAAAAGGUGCUCCUCCAACAAUAAAUUAUUAUUCUCAAUUAUUUCCAUUAUUGCACUCGCUUGGAGCUACCGGACUGCUUAUAGAAUAUGAAGACAUGUUACCUUAUUGGGAACCAAUUGAAACUCUCUCAGCACAUAAUGCCUACAGCAAAAAUCAAAUUGAGCAACUUUUACGACUUGCUCAGCUAAAUAAGCUUGAAGUUAUACCUCUAAUUCAAACAUUUGGACACAUGGAAUUUGUAUUAAAACAAAUAAAAUAUCAGCAGUUAAGAGAAGUGCCACUUUAUCCACAAGUUAUUUGUCCAUCACAAAAUAAUUCCAAAAUAUUAUUGACCCAUAUAAUUGAUCAAAUUAUAUCUUUACAUCCAGGAAUAAAAUGGUUACAUAUUGGUUGUGAUGAAGUGUAUUACAUAGGUCAGUGUGAUCUUUGUCAACAUAGAAUGACAACUAAACAAAUGAAUAGUGAUUUGUUGUUUUUAGAACAUGUAAAAUUUGUUGCUCAGUAUGUUAAAAGUAAACAUAACGUUCAACCUAUCAUGUGGGAUGAUAUGUUUCGCCAUGUUUCUAGUGACAUAAUUCAGGCUUCUGAAAUAUGGAAAUAUGUUGAAAUCAUGGUAUGGCAAUAUGGCCCAAAUAUUGAAGCUAAGUUGACACAAGAAAUUUGGGAAAAGUAUCAAUUAAUGUUUUCAGGUAUAUGGGUAGCUAGUGCCUUUAAAGGUGCAACAGGCCCUAAUCAGUUUCUUACAAACAUAUCAUAUCAUUUGGAAAAUCAUCAUUCUUGGAUGAACUUUUUGCAAACUUUUCAUAAAAAGAUUCCUCUUCGUGGUAUUAUUUUAACUGGAUGGCAGCGAUAUGAUCACUUUGCUGUUUUAUGUGAGCUUCUUGCAGCAUCAAUACCAUCACUAGCUGCAGAUUUAUUAUAUUUGAAAGAUGGAUUCUUGGACCAAAACAAAUUACAUGACAUUUUACAUUGCAAUGGGGAUUUGAUUUUAUCUGGUAAUUAUACUUUUGAUGAAGUAAUUUGCAAUUAUCCUGGUGGAAAAGUCUUUAAAGGAAUGCAGCGACUACAGCAACUAAAACAUCAAAUAAUGAAAAUGAUGAAGGAUAAUCAUGUUGUUGGAUGGAUGAGUGACUAUAAUAUACAAAUGUCAUUUUCUAGUCCAGCCCAUGUUGAAUUAGGCAUGCGGAAAUUGGGCGAAAUACAGACCAAUGCAACAUUACUUUAUACAUUCAUGCAAAAUAUCAUGCCUGAAGUUUAUGAUAAAUAUACCAUUGAUGAAUGGUUACAAACAUAUAUGGAUCCCAUUAUGUUACAAUUAGAAAAUCUGAGCAAUACUGCUCAAAAAUUGUUAAAAUAUUCUGCUUGGCCACGGAGACCUUUGAACAGUAAUGAAUAAACAAAUUUGACUUCAUGAAUUUGAUCAAUUUUAUAUUGAAAAUUUCUAUAAAUAUAUUUAUCAUUUUUCAUUUUUAUUUAGCUUUAAAGUAAAUUUUUGGAUGAGUAACUUUUAGUGUUAAAAACUCUUCCAUCUUUUAUACCUAAAUUUAUCCUAACAGGGAAAAAUAUGUCAAUUUUAACUUUCCACAGAACUUAAAGAUGUAAGUUUUUUAAAUUUUGUAAUUCAGUAGAGCAUCUUUUUUUAGUUGAGUUUGAAAUUUUUACAAGAAAAUGACAGUUUAUUGAAUAAACUGCUAAUAGAAUAUUGUUUAUAUAGAAUAUUUAAAAUAUACCUUGCUGAUCAAAGAAAGUUUACUUAUAAUGUACAACUUGGUGAUGCUGUGAGCUAGUUGUGCUUGUUGCCUUCUGUGUGUUAGAAGAAAACCUUAAGUCUUGAACAUUUAUUUGCUUUAAACUUGAAGAAUGACAUUUGAAAUUCCUCCUUGACAUUACCAAGUCUACUCAGAAGUAAACUUUUUACUUAAUAUUCUAUAUAAUUCAUAUUCAGUUGUUUUAACUUUAUUUUCUUUAUACUCUUUUGUUAUUCAUAACUUUAUAUGAAACUUUUGUUUUUAUAUAUAUAUUUUUUAAUAUAAUAUAUUAUAUAUAUACAAAAUAUAUUUGAUUAAAAAGUUUACAGUUUAAAUGCUUUAAGCUAAUAUAUUAAGUUUGUAUGUGUUUACAUAUUUUUUAUGAUAAAAUUGAGCUUUAGACAAAUUUUCAUCAUAUAUUGAUAUUUAAUUAUAAAGAUAAAAGUUUGUUUAAAAAUGUUCAGUAAUCAAAGAGUAAUCAAAUAUCAUUUUUUAUAAAUUAAAAAAUUCUAUAUCUUCAAAAUAAUAAAUUCCU